AUGGGACUCCACAGACAAGCACUCGUAGGCCAAGGAGGAUGGCACAACUCGCUCCGGAGCUCCUCUCUGCCGCUUACUCGUCCAUUGCGGCUGAAUCCGGUCCGGACGCAACCCAAGCCUGCCGAGCGCUCGCCGAGUACCAUUGUGCUUCUCGCCUCUUUGUGCGCAUGCGCUGUCGAUCACAAAGCCUCCAACUGCCAACUAUGUGGCAAGCCACCGUUAUUCUGGCCUGCAGCCCUUUCCUCUUUCUUACUCCGUCCGUCGGCGUCGCGUGCUGCGAGGACACGGACGCUAUUCCUGACACCCCCGAAGACGAAUCAACUGCGCGCUGUGCAGAGUUUCAUGAACCUGAGUUCAGCUGUAAGAACGUCCACUCCUAGGCGCAGGGCUCUGCCGCACACGAAUUCCCCAAACGAACUGAGAUGCCGUUUCCCCAACACUGAGUGGCAUCCCUCCAGCAGCCGUCGGUUUAUGUCUUCGUCCACAGCAUUGGAAAGCCACAAAGUCCGCGAGGCCUCUGAGCGAUCGGCUAUAGCAGCGAAUCGUGAACGACCGGGUCACAUUCCGCCGUCUGUGUGGGACAAACUGGACCGCCAUCUGCACCGGCGGGCUGACAACCCCAUCGGCAUUCUCAAGAGCCGCAUUGAAUCAUUUUUUUUGAGCGAAAACAAAGCUCUGUUGCGGGAGACGAUUGCGCAGGGAGGCACCAGUGAUUCUCUGCUUUUCCCUGAGGGCCUCUGGCAGGAAGCCAGCACUCGCUUUCAAGAGGUACAGGAUCCACUGCAUUGGCUACAAAGAGGAGCCGACGGCUCUUCUGGAUGCACGGCCUCCGCCACGACCCUAUGCCCACUUGCGCAGCGCCCAUCAGACGCCCCCGUCGAUGCUGCACGGACUGAAGCAACAGCAGGCCAUGAAAUCUCAGGUUUCUCGGCACUGUCGCCAUUUCAACUGUUCGAUGAUUUUUCGCCCUUUGUCACAUGUAGGCAAAACUUUGAUUCUCUACUGGUUCCGAUGGAUCAUGUGAGUCGGCUGCCGUCAGACACGUACUAUGUCGACGACAUUCGACUUGCCUCGGGGGAGACGAUCAACAACACCUCCUCUUCAUCUGUCGACGGCUACGACCCCGACCGUGUCCUCCUUCGGACUCACUGCACGGCGCACCAGAAAGAGCUUAUAGACGCCGGUGUCGAAGCAGCUGUAUGGACGGCCGAGGUAAUUCGCCGGGACGAAAUCGAUCGUCUGCACUAUCCAGUCUUUCACCAGACGGACGGCUUCCGUGUCUUUUCAAAACCACAGAUGAAACGUCUUGAGGCAGAGCACCAGCUACUCUUGAAGGUGGUUGCCAAUGUUCGUGGCAACGGCGGAGGGGAUAACACAGCCCAAAGCCCUCCCACACACAAGAAGCCAGGAGGUGCUACGGCGAAAGAUAAGCUGGAACGCUGGAUACUACAGUCACCAUGCCUCUUUCCUUCUAAUCCUUUCCUGAAGAACCCGUUAAUGAUUCAUCUUCAACUAACAUUGGAAAAGCUUCUUAGACAUCUCCUCGGUUCUGACGUACGUUUGAAAUGGGACUACGAGACAUCCUUCCCAUUCACGUCACCCUCUGUAGAGCUGUACGUUGCUAGAGAUCCUGCUGGUUCAGUACAGGCUGCCGGACAGGCGGAAAAGGCAACUGAACAGGAUACAGAGGACGACUGGAUGGAGGUCUUAGGUGCCGGCGAAAUCCGCUCUGAAAUCUUACGAGGCGUACCACUGCCGCCGUCAUCUAAGUCAGAAAACGAUGACCGCAGUGUGACCGCGGACAAUGCUGGCGAAUCGUCAGAAGCUGUCGCCGCACGCCCUACAAUCCGGGGUUGGGCUUUCGGUUUGGGUCUGGAACGGUUGUGCAUGCAUCUGUUUGGAAUUGAGGAUAUUCGCCUCUUCUGGUCAGAGGACGAGAGAUUUUCCGAGCAGUUUGCCGAUGGCCAAGUCCGCCGGUUUGUCCCUUUCAGUAUCAUGCCUCCGGUGUACAAAGAUAUUUCCUUCUGGGUGAACGAGGCAAUACAGACAGGUUGGGCAGACUGCAGCAAGGCCGGACUUCCUGCCAGCGAAGCAUGCGGGUUACGGCCAGCCAGGUUGUCUCUGUCAGCGGCUCAGGGUCAAACCAAUACAGGCACCUCCGACACCAAUUCUGCGCGUGAACCGGGGCAACCACCGCGGCACAGAGAGAAGUUCACCGAAUUGAGCUUCUACGAGCUGUGCCGCGAAUCAGGAGGAGAUCUGGUCGAAUCAGUCAAACUCGUGGAUAGUUUCGUCCAUCCCAAAACAGGACGUAAAAGCCUCUGCUACCGGCUGACCUACAGGGCAAUAGAUCGAACUCUAACCCAUGAAGAAGUCAACGCCAUCCAAGAGGCAGUCUACAAUAGGACCGGCGAGGCUUUUGAUGUGGACUUGCGGUAG